UUCUUGUUAUUCUGAGCCGGUCGUCAUGUUCGGACUGUGGUUGGUUUUCGUGGCCACUUUUGGGGCGUCGGUGCUCGGCCUUCCCGCCUCCGGACCCUGCGUGUCCCCGCUGCAGUGGGAGGGAAGGUGGGUGGUGUACGAGCACAACAGCGGCCGGAACCACCGAGCCGCCGUGUCCUACGACGGCCUGAACCAGAGGCUCCGUGUCCUGCAGCAGCACAAGAAACACACCCCGUGUCAGAAGUUUUACGAGUACAUCUAUCUGUACCAGAACUCGGUGAUGUUCCAGAUCGAGCAGAAGACCAAGGUCUGCUCUAAGAUCGCCCUGACAGAAGCCUGGGAUCCUUUUGACAUCCCUCAGAACUCCACCUUCGAGGACCAGUACAUCGUCGGCGGACCUGGUGACAACGUGGAAGUUCAGGAGUGGUCGGACAGGAAGCCCGCUCGCAAACAUGAGACCUGGGUGGGUGUCUACACUCUGAAGGACUGUUAUCCAGUGCAGGAGACCUACACCAAGAACAGCAGCGUCACCACCUCCACCCGCUUCUUCGACCUGCAGCUGGGUAUCAGUGACCCAGACGUCUUCACUCCACCGAGCACCUGUCAGUCGGCCCGGCCUGAGAGGAUGGCCCAGCACGAGUGUUAGCUCCUGUCUCGUUGUACUUUCAGGACUUUGUGAAUUCUGGCGCUGAUCCUGAAACUCCUCCCACAUUUUUAACACCAACCUGCGGUGGCCAAGGCAUUUAUGUUUAGCUUUAGCUGCUAAUUUGUUAAUUACCAUCUCUAUAAUCUUUAAAUGUGAAUUGUUUUAAGAAGAUGCUAGCUUUUGCUGCAGCAGCCGCUAACCUCAUGCCACCGGCUAGCUGGCUAGCGUCAGUUGAGGGUUAGUAGGCGUUUUUGCCACCAUUUGGUUCUGUAGCGUGAAACUUUGCUGCGUAUUGUGACAGUGGCGUGCUAGUGAUUCUCUGCUACCGUAGCUUUAGCUGCUGCCGAGGAAGUAAAGGUAUUUAGACGCCGCAGAGUCACGAAAAACCUCCUCACCGUUUGUGCGAACAAACAAGUGUAAACAAAUAAUAAGGUCACGAAAACAAAAGUGUCGUCAGAUACACAAACAAGCUAACAGCUAACCAGGUCAGUGUGAUGCUAAAGGAUUUGCUGCAGUAUAAUUCAUAUGUAUUUACACAUUUGCAUGUACAUGUAUGACAGCAUUAUUUUGAGCCUAAAACCUCCCUGUGAACUCAGAGACUACGGUCACCGUCUGUGAAGAAUCCUUUUCUACCAGCUUUUUACUUCCUGCAAAUAAAACUCUAAUAAAACGUUCAA